UUGAGAGCAAUUGACAAUGGAGCUUGGUACAUUACCUCUUCCUGCCCCAUGUAUGAAGCCAUUAGGGCAGUUUAUACUUUGGUUAACGCACCAGCGGAAAUCGGGCAUCUUUUCCAAGGAUUGGCGAAGGACCAAGAAGUCAUAUCUGUCCGCGUUCGCCCAGAGAUCCCAAGGUUGGCGUACCUCGCAAAGAUGUCAGGAGGAGCAAAGGCCUUCAUGUCUCGAAAGUCCAAGAGACUAGUACACCGUUCUUCCGGGCAAGUAAUUACCGGCGAGAGCUUGGACUCGAAUUGCCCUUUGAUCGCUUUACCCAAACAAGAGCUACACAUACUAGGCUGA